AUGGUGGAGAACAAGCCUCGAGAGAGAAUUCCAACUUCAAAGAUUCAAAAAAGCCAAUCUACCUCAACGCCGAUCACCCAGGAACCUGAGAAGAAACAAAGGGUAGAGGAAGGAUUUACACCUCUUCGAACUACCUUGGCUCGGCUCUUCCAAGAGAAUAAGAUGAAGUUCACAACCCCGCAGCCAAUAAAGCAACCCCUGGAGCAAAGGGACAAAAGCAAGCAUUGCGCUUAUCACCGAGAUUAUAGGCAUUUAACCAAUGAUUGCAGAUCCCUUAGGCGAUAUGUGGAGAAUAUGAUCGCCAGAGGUGAGUCGGCGGAUUACCUUGUGACCAAGGAGUAUGCAAAGCCCCGCGAGGUCUAUCCCCGCAAGGUGGAAGGUACGCAAGUAAAAGUCAUUCAUGUAAUACAUGGCAGGUCUGAAGAUGAUCAAGAGUCCGAGAGGGUAUAUAGAUCCAGAUUGAGGGUAGCCCACAAGCUCAGAAAGAUAUCCUCGGUCAAUGUUAUCACUUCGGGUAGCAUCAGUAUUGGAUUCGGAAAUGGCGACCUAUCCAGAGUUCAACUCCCCCACGAGGAUCCAUUGGUCAUCAGUCGUUUAGUGGCCAAUUGUAUGAUCAAGAAGGUUUUGAUAGAUCCAGGAAGUAACGCCAACAUCAUCACAAAGACGGUCUUUGAGCAGCUAGAGAUCCUGUCAUCAUCUAUUCGACCUACCUCCAGCCCGUUGAUGGGAUUCGAUGGCACAAGAGUAAAUCCCUUUGGAGUAAUAGACUUGUCCGUAACUGCGGCGAAGAGGACUCUAAAGGAUAACUUUGUUUUAACAGAGAUCCAUCCUUCUUAUAAUCUCAUUAUGGGAAGAGGCUGGAUACACCGGAUGAGAGGAGUUCCGUCCACCCUUCACCAGGUGAUGCAGUGUUUAUCUCUAGACGGGAAAAAAAGUGAUUAA